AUGUUGUUGGAGACAAAUGCCCCAAGGUUUAGAGUGCAUUCGCAUGCUCCUAUUCAUGCGAGUGCGAGAAUAAUGGCGUAUCUUGAGAUAGCAGGUUUUGCAAAUAUAUCAAAAAUGAAAAGUUUAAAAAUCGACUCAAGCUUAGUUGUGGCGCUAUUGGAGAAAUGGAGACCGGAAACACACACUUUUCACCUCCCAACAGGUGAAUUCACAAUAACGCUUGAAGAUGUGUGUAUGUUACUUGGUCUAAGAGUUGAUGGAAUAGCCAUCAACGGUCCCACCGAGGUAACAAACUACAUUUACAUGGAAAACUUGGGGGUGGAACCUACAGAAGAGGAUAAAAUUAAAGGUUCUGUUAGGAUAACCUGGCUAGAGGGUUUAUAUGAAACUUUAAAAAAUAAACCUGCCCCCACCCAAGAAGACGUUCUCUUAGAAGCUAAAAUUUAUAUUUUACUUGUAAUCGCUACUAUUUUGUUUCCUGACAAAAGUCAGAAUCUAUUGCAUUCUUCUUGGAUCCCUUUCGUAGGGGAUCUUCUUAAAUGCGGCACCUAUAGUUGGAGUUCUGCAUGCCUGGCAAAAUUGUAUAGAGAAAUGUGCAAGGCAGCAGUGAAAAGUGUUAGGAGCUUGAGUGGUUGUGCACUCCUACUAACUUCAUGGGCAUUCACACGUAUACCAUUGUUCACUCCUGUCACUACAGUGGAACCCUCGCAUCCAUAUGCACAAAGAUGGGCGCAAAGAGGAAUGAACUACACUGCAAAUCCUCGUUUUCAUCUCCAAGGAUGUCGAAACGCAUUGGACCAUAUGCGAGAACACGAUUUCAUAUGGAGACCGUACAUUCGAUAUCCGCCGCCGACGCUUGAAGAUAGCCAAAUCUAG